GUAAACCCCAGUUCUGCUCGGCUCUCGCUCUUUGACUCGGCCAUACAUACCGUCAUACCUGCAUCAUUACUCACGCCUCACAUCAGACCUUGUGUGUCUAUCGCCGAGGGUUUCUGUGAGGUGCUCCUUUAACUCGCUCUGGGGCCAGACAAUGCCUUUGUUUAUUGUCCCGUAGCUUUGAGCUCACUGGACUGUAGCAGCAGGACAAUGCCUCUGUAGUCAGGGAACAAUACCCAGGUGCUCACAUCUUUUAGCCCCUUUGUUAUAAAAUAUACUGUGGGAACUUGAUCUGUAGCAUCUCUGCAGCACUGUAGGCCUAAACAACUUUCGCUAUAGGAUUAAGUAACUCAGUCCAUAUGAGCAUUAUAUCAAAUACAUGAUUAAGAAGAUAAGCUCCGACACUAUCAAAUUAGUCUCGAUCGACUAGUUGAUCCACAGGACAUAACAUGCAAUUCUAUCAAUAAUCAAUUCAUCGUUUUAACAACUUUUCAUACAGAGAUUAUCAAACAUUAACAACCUUUAAAAUCUUAAACUGCAUUUAAAAAAAUCAUUAUAUUAAAUAAAGUUUCUUUAGGCUUUCUACUGAUCGCCAAUAAGGGCAAUUUGAGGAAGAGUGUGUCAAAUGUUCAAUACUUUAUAGUUUAGUUAACCAAACUGAAGAAAUAAAUCAGCAGCUUGUAACAUGAUCUUUUCCUUAAGAUAAAUGUAUAGACUGGAACAUAAAUAAUAUAAAGCAUUAUUUAAUUAUAUAAUGUCUGGCCAUAUAUUUCUAAUUCAUAGAGAACCUAUAUUUUUUUUAACACAAAUGACUUACAAUGCAAACACUUCUUCAUUUUAGUUGGACAUAACAGAAGCCUAGGCUGAUAGCAAAAUCAAUAAAAAUGAUGUAUAAUUUGCGUAGCAUUGGCACAUAUCAUUUUGAAAACAUCUCUCUAAACAUAUGAAACUUUUCGUUACUUUAGCAGCCUAAACAGAUAUGAAAAUGUGUAUUUGUAAGUCUUAUAUCAUCUCCUAAUGAUUAUAUUGAUACCUGUUCAUCUUUUAUUUUUGCCUUGAAUAUAUAAAUGUAUGCUUCCGUGUGCCGUGCCAAUACACUGCAAUAAAACACAGUAGUAGAUGCAUGUGGACACGUCGAAGCUUUAUUAAAGUUAAAACAAAUUAGGAUCAAUAAAAUUAGUCCUCAAGUGUGAACAUUGAGCUUAUUGUUAUUAUGUUACUGGUCUGGUUGCACAUGUGUUUGUGUGAAAACGUGUGCAUUUGACUGCCUAUUAUACCCUCUAUUUAUGUGCAAUUUAUGGUUAAAAUUGAAUUCCAUCAUCUAUUUAUCACCCACUAUCUCUCCAUUAUCUGUGCUUUAUGCUCCACUCUCUCGGCCUCCCCUCCUCCUCUCGCUGGCAUUAAGUUCAAACUUGACACUGAUGUUGACUCACUUUGUCACCCCUCGGUGGCUCCCUCUCUCUCUCCCUCUUUCUCUCUCCCUCUCUCUCUCUCUCCAUCGCUUGGAGGACAAGAGUGCCCGCAGACGCAUUUCUCUCCAGAGCCCCCCCCCUCUCGCUCUUUCACUCUCUCUCACCCUGUCUAACUCUCUCCAUCUCUAUCCUACUCUCUCCUUUACACACACACACACACACACACACACACACACACAGAGUUAUUGUCAACAAAUCUGGAGAACAAGGGACGUAGGGGGUACAGGGGAGUAAAGGUCCACAGAGGAGGAAAGUAACACUUGGUAAGACCCGGCGCGUCAUUUCACCUGGACAUUUGGCGGAAGAAUUGGAGUACCGAAGGAGGGAGAGAGGAGCCAAAGGUGACAGUAAACAGGGGCGGACACGCACAGGACAGGACUCAGUUAUUUUCUCUUCAUGGUGGUUUGGACACUCGUAGUAUGUAUGAGAAGUUAACCAUGCUGAACCUGCAGAGCGGCUCAAACUGGAGUGGGCCUAACAACUGGUACCAUGACCCCACCGGCGUUCAGACGCAACACAGCACAGUAUCUGAGGGCUGUCUGCUGGACACAGAGGGCAGCCUGGGGCGGGAGGCGGGGGUAGGAGGGGGCACGGGCCGAGGGGGAGGAGUCCCCGUGGAGAGGGACGAGGGCGAGGAGUCUCAGCUGAGGCUGCAGCUCAAGAGGAAGCUGCAGAGGAACAGGACCAGCUUCACUCAGGAGCAGAUCGAGGCUCUGGAGAAAGAGUUUGAAAGGACACAUUACCCAGAUGUCUUUGCGAGGGAGAGAUUGGCAAACAAGAUUGAUCUACCCGAGGCUAGGAUACAGGUGUGGUUCUCAAACCGAAGAGCCAAGUGGAGGAGGGAGGAGAAGCUCCGCAAUCAAAGGAGGUCAGGGGGUGUGACUUCCUGUUCACAGAGCCAAGCCCCUCUGACCACUUCCUUCAACACGUCCGUCUAUCAUCAUCAGCAGCACGGCAGCAGCUCAGGGUCCAUGUUGAGUCAGGCUGAGUCGUCCCUGCCAAGCUACAGCUCCUUGUCAGUUUUCUCAUCUGGAGUCCAGUCUAUUCCUCCCCAGUCGGCCUCCUCUUAUUCCUGCAUGUUGCCUCCGUCCCCCUCUACCCCACGCAGCUUUGACUCCUCUGCGUAUUCUUCCCCUCAUCUGCAGACUCCGUCCUCAGCCAACUCCAACACCGGGCUCAUAUCGCCCGGCGUUUCAGUGCCGGUCCAGGUCCCAGGAGCCGACCAGCAGACCAUGAGUCACAACCUGGGUCAGUACUGGGCCAGGUUACAGUGAACUACAGACAAUCGCUGCCAGCCGGCAAACGAAAGAAGAACGAUCGAAAAAACGGGCAUGUAACAAAAAAAAGUGUCAAGAAAACAAUAUGGGGGACACACGGGUUAUAAGGACGCACAGGACUGAAAUAUAUGAUGAGUUGCCGAGCCCGAAAUGCAUUAUAUGUUUACAAAUUCAGUCAAGAGCAGCUUUGGUUGCACUUGACAGUACUCUGGUCAUUCUGGUAUCUGCUUAGUAUUAUCAGGUUGUUUGGAUAGUAAAUUGAUGGUAGGGCUGUGAUCAGGAUUAGAAAUAGGAUCAGUUUGAGGUGUGUUUGGAUUAUAAUAGAGCCAGGAUUAGGAUGAGGUUUAUAAAAGGGUGGAGGUUACACUGUCUGUGGAGGUGCAACAGUGCUUUUUAUUACCUGAUAGUUGAGAAUAACAUAUUUUUUAACAUAUUUUAUUGUGUAGAAUAUUCUGGCUUAAAUUGGAGUUUCAUGAUCUAAAAAAAUAAGAAAAAAAGGCAUUACUGUAUUUCCCCCAAAGGAUAUACGACUGAAAACUAGUCUGUCCUCUUAAUACUGUGAGCAGGGGGGUGAAAAGUGAGGACUAUUCUAAGGGCCCAUGACUGACAGGGGCCCAAACUAUUUUAGAAUAUUAAGAGAAAAAAAAGUAACCAAUGUGAUAUCUUUUCAUGGGGCCCAAAAUCCCUGGCAGCGCCCCUGACUGUGAGUUGAGGUUGAAAGCUCUGAAAAUUGACUAUUUUGUUACUUACGUUUAAACCACUUUUAUCCGUAGUCGGCAACCUAACAUUACCAGCUCUCAGCCCAUUAAGAUAAACUUAAAUAUCUCCAAAUAUAGCUAAAAAAAGAAGGGUUUUUGCUCUUACAUACUGAGCAAGUGAAAGGGUUAUGGUUUUACCUCUACCACGCAGAAAUGCUUCUAAUAGGUGAUCCAAUGAUACUAAGUAAAUGCCAGCAGAUGUCUGUAUUGUGAAGUGUAACCACAGUUUGUUGUUUUUUGAGCAGCUCAAUGACAUUGUGAGAGCAGCUUGUUCCCUAAGCAUAAGCUAUGUGAGGCUACUGUGAAGAUUUUAGACUUGCUUAUGGCAAUCACUUUUACUAAAACUUAAACAUUACAAAAAAAGACAUCCCGCCUACCCUGCCAGCUACAUUACACUAAGACUGAAACUGCAUAUUUUUGUACAGAUAACUGUGGAAUAUUGUCAGAUGUUAUUGGAGGGAGGAAUGUAGCAUGUCUUGGACUCAAAUCAUCCUCAAAAGCACAGAAACAGCAUCAUUAUUUGAUCAAAUAUCGACUGAUACAAGGCUGGAUAUGCGUCACAGAUGACUUUGCCAAAAAUACAGUAGCAAUUAGGUUUUCUCUUGUUUUAUAUAAACAGUAUAUAUAUUAGGACUUUACGUCAGAUGUAUCUAAAAGAAACAAGCAAUUCCAUUACGUAUUUAGCAGUGACUUGUACGUAAGUGGCAGGGACUUUUUAGUACAUCACUUAUGACCCAUAUCCAUUGGCCAGUGACAAUCAAGCAUCAUUGCAAAGCAAUCACAAAGAGGCUGCCUUCAAACCACCAAAUGCAAACACUGCAGAGACUGACAAUCAACGCUGGAGGUAGAGGAGAUAAAAAAUAAUAAUAUGAAAACUGUGAUAUUAAUGUGCAACACUGUCAAUACAAUCGCUAUGACAUUGUUAACUGUGCAUGACCAAAAAUAAGCCGCUAUAGACAAUCAGCUACUUGCAGAAAUAAAUCGAGUAUUGUAAAAAAGCGUUACUGUACAUUGCAGAGUUUUAACCUCUGCUCACUUUCCUCUGACUAUUGGUUUUGUUGAUGCAUCUCAGUUUAAAUCUCAUAUGAAAUGUCUACUUUAACUCUUAUUUAUUUGUCUUUUCACUCGUUCACACAAGUCCUCUGUGUUGUUUCUGUUGUCGUUGUGUGUUGUGUUAGUUCUGUAUAGCUACCAAGAGUCAACCCUUUUGUGAAGGCCUUGGAUCCCUUUAAUGAAAAUAAAACUGUGUGUAAUGAAAGGUC